AUGGGCCUCCAGCCACCCGCAGUUGACGAUGUCCUCGUCACAUUCCCUACUCCUCAAAUUAUGCUCGUCACUAUAAACCGAGCCGCGGCUAUGAACGCCAUUACCCGCCCAAUGCAUACUCAGCUAGACAUUCUCUGGAGAUGGUACGACGCGCAGCCAUCGCUGCGAUGCGCUUUACUUACCGGAACUGGACGAGCAUUCUGCGCCGGUGCCGAUCUCAAGGAAUGGGACGACAAGAAUACAAAGGGCAUAAAGAGUAGCGGCGACGACCGAGAUCGCGGCUGGAAGGGCAGUGGAUUCGGCGGACUCAGCAACCGUCGCAGCAAGAAGCCAAUCGUGGGUGCCGUCAAUGGACUAUGCUUGGGUGGUGGCAUGGAGAUUGCACUGAACUUGGACAUGAUUAUCGCGUCCGAGGGUGCCAAGUUUGGAUUACCUGAAGUCAAGAUUGGCGUGGUUGCGAUUGCUGGUGCCUUGCCCCGUCUUAUACGUACCGUUGGUCGCCAACGAGCAUCAGAGAUGGCGCUUUUGGGGCGCAUGUACACAGCCAAGGAGAUGGAAGCCUGGGGAGUGGUUAACAAGAUUGUUCCUGCAAAGGAAGUGCUAAAAGAGGCAUUGAAAUGGGCGGCCGAAGUCAGCGGCAACUCGCCCGAUAGCGUUAUUGUGACAAUGGCUGGCCUUCUGGGAGGAUGGGAUGGCGAGGACCCCGUCAGCAGCACAAAUCGAGUUGAUGAGGGAAUUUAUAGGCAGCUCGAUGGCGGCGAGAAUCAGAAGGAAGGUGUUAAGAGCUUUGUUGAAAAGCGAAAGCCGGUAUAUCGAGACAGCAAGCUGUAA